AUCUGCACACAAAUCAAUCUGACCAGGGUCCUAACACCCUGCUAGCAAGGUGGGUCAGAACCGAGUCCUGCAGUGACUUGGGGCCAUUUUGCAAUUUUUCAGUGUGGACAAGGUUUACAAUGAAGAAGCUUGGACACUCAGCACUAGGCUUCAAACCACAGAGUCCACAAGCCCAGGUCUCUCAGUGUAGACACAGCCUGGGAGGGCUCAGCUGGGCAAAUCUCUGCUCUUGGGCUUUUAAUCAUGGAUAUCAAGAGUGGUGCUGAGGCCCAUAUAAAUGUUUUCAAGAGAGGUAGGAAUUUGAAACAGGUUUGACAAUAUCUAUUUAUAAAGCUAUGUGGUUUCUGUGAAGUAGCAUUAGAUGGUCCUGUUCUUAUCCUAUACAGUGAUAUUGGAGCUAGUAUUUUAAUGCAUAAGAUGUUUAUCCAUCAUGAUUGUAUUACCAUUGGUGAGUUUCAGUGUAAGCAGGUUUGAAGUGGAAUAAAAAUUCCACCCCUCUAAUAGCAGAAAUCUGUGUGUUUGGGGUAGUGACAGCAGGGGAGUCACCACAAUACUUAAUGAAAUGUGAAUGCCAUCCUUUCUGAAGUUGAAAUAAUAUCUGGAUGCAGGUAUUGCUUGAAUACAACUGCACCAUACAUAAGUAAACACAAAUGUUUCUAUGAAUUAUGUGCUCAUUAUUUCAGCAAUUUGAGGAAAGAUUACAUUUUGCUUUAUGCCAUUACCUUUUCAGAUUCUGGCUUCCUGUGUGCUUAGGCUUUUGCAGUUUUCAUCAUGUCUUUAGAGUAAAUUUGAUAGGCACAGGAUGUUGCAAUAAAUCGGAUAUUGAACCAACAGUCAAUUAAAAAAAAAAAAGAAGAACUCAGUUUCUAGGAAAGAUGCAUCACAUCUUCCCACAGGAAUCGUACCAUAUGUCCUAAUAUCAGUGGAACAAUAGAUUCAAUUAUUGGCUUCUGAUGGUGCCUUGCAGACAUAAUAGCAAAAUAGAAUUUUUGCUAUGUUCUGAGCAAAAAUUGUAUUAGACCUAUGGAUAUUGUAACUACUGAUGUGUUUGUCCAUUCAUUACAGGCACAUUAAAAGUGUUCCCCCCCGCUUUCCCAAAGUCAUUUUUUUCAUGGCUACUCCUUUAGUGUAUUUAUGGUGUAUGAGUCACCAGGCUUUCUUCUGAUUGGAUGAAAAUUAAACACCCCUGGGACUGUCAGUCAGUUAUAGCCAUUCUCAGCUUCAUUCACAGAUUUAUUAGCUUGCACACAGAGAAAUUCAUUCAGAAAACUUCAUUCACAAAAACGGCAACACACUCUUCAGAAUUUUGAACAGAAAAAUUCUGCUUAACCUGGCUUUUAAGGAAAAGCUAGAAAUGACUUAAGGGCUGACAAAGAAGCUGCACAAAGAUGAUGAUGAUGAUGAGUCUGGAGAUUUGAAGUAAAAUUGUGCUGGACCAUAGGAAUAUUGAGCGUAUUUCUAGAUUGCGAUGCUGAAUGAUUUUAAAGACAAGAAUUAGCAGGAUUUGUAUUAAGAACUGCUGACUACAUUCAGAGAAUUAUUUUGCAUGUUUUUUAAAAUCAUAUUGUGUGAAUAAAGAAUGUGCAAAUUGCAGAGCCAUGAUUUUUCUUUCCAGUGGGGCAGCUGAAUACAAAAUGCUAAGAACAGGGCUUGUAAGGUAUCUCUUUGGGUUCUUGCUAAUCUAAAGAUGCUUUUGAGAUUCUAGCUAUCUUGUAUUGCUUUCUGUGGAAUAUUUUUUCUAGUCUUUACUGCAGCUAGAAAUUCACCGUUAAUGAUGCAGGCUAUAACAGUGAGUGUUCAAAGCUGAGAAUGAUUUAGAGGCUUGCUUGCUUGUGGCAGAAGUGAUUUUAGAUAUGGAUAGCAUCUCUUCAGAUUAAACUGCUGUAGUAUUGUUAUACCUGUGUGUAUGUUUCCUUUAGCAUUACUUACAGAUGACCAUGCAGACUUAAGCUAUGUUCAUUAUGAAAAAUAAGCCACGUGUGAAGCAGUCAACAAAGAAUAUCCAAUUGGCAUCUGUUUUUUAAAAUGGUUUGACUUGCUUAAUUUCCAUGUCAUUUCACUACAAGAAGAAAGCCAAUUUAUGCAACAGUAUCCAGUUACAGAACUUCCAAGGCUAUGAGAGAACGCAGUCAGCACAGUCUCAGUGGACACGUACUGUAUGUAGGACUAUUUAGACACCCAGGAAUGCUCAACAGGGCUAAAUACAGUCGCUUUAGGGAUGAUUUUAUAACAUCAUUAGAGGAAGGUACACAAAGUAGUUCUUUAAAUAUCAAAGGUGCCUCUUCAUCUUCUCAUUCCUCCACACCUCAUUUACCAAUUGAGGAUGUCACCUUGGGGACGCAGGACAGCUCCACCACUUUGUGCACUUUGAUACCCCGAAUGGCUAAUAUUAAAUUAUCCAAUCCAUCUAAUCUGCCUGGUUUUAAAAACUUCUGUCUGGGGACAAAAGAGGUGCCAAGAAUUAAACUCACAGAGUGUGUUACAGUUCCAAGCAGCCCAGCCUCACCAGAAAUCAGUUUAAUCAGCUGCCUGCCUACUUCUUAUCCACGGCAGGACCCGGACAAACUCGAUGUCAAUACAAAAUCUCAAGAUGACUGCAUCUUGCUGGGCUUUGAGUCUGCCCCUCUAAGCAAACAGGACAAACCUCCGGUGCAGAGCGGAGAGGACAUUGUGAAGACUGGCAUGACCUACUGUGUACGAUACAUGGGCUGUAUUGAAGUGUUGCAGUCAAUGAGGUCUCUGGACUUUGGCACCAGGACACAAGUCACCAGGGAAGCAAUAAGCCGACUGUGUGAAGCAGUAUCAGGAACAAAUGGAGCUAUAAAAAAGCGGAAGCCUCCAGUUAAAUUUCUGUCUUCUGUGCUUGGCAAAAGUAACCUUCAGUUUUCUGGCAUGAAUAUAAAACUGAUCAUCUCCAUGAGCAGCCUUACUUUGAUGAAUGUUGAUACCCAGCAGAUUAUUGCCAACCACCACAUGCAGUCCAUCUCAUUUGCCUCUGGAGGUGAUCCAGAUACAACAGACUAUGUUGCAUAUGUAGCUAAAGAUCCUGUUAAUCAGCGAGCAUGCCAUAUAUUGGAAUGUCCCAACGGAAUGGCUCAGGAUGUAAUAAAUACCAUCGGGCAGGCUUUUGAGCUCCGAUUCAAGCAAUACUUGAAGAAUCCUUCUACUCUGAUUACUUCCAAUGAAAGUGAAGUGAUGAAUCUUGAUGGAUCAGCUUGGAAUCUACAGGAGAAGGAGGAUCAUGAAUAUUACAAUGAAAUUCCAGGGAAAGAACCUCCUACAGGUGGACUAUUAGACAUGCGAAUGAAAGUGCAAACAGACCAAAGGGAAAACUGUCCCAUACAAUGUGAAAAGCAAUACUGUUUGGCUGGCAGCCCACAAUGCAUCAACAUAUAUGAAAACUGUCCAGAAGAAAACAAAUCAGUGGGUAACUAUGGUGAAAGAUCACUGAAGGCAAAAAAAGAUGUAUCCUUACUGAAACCUGCUUGCAAAGUGGAUCUUUUUGAUGACCCUUGUUACAUCAACACUCAGACCCUGCAAACUACAGCCUACACAGCUAGAGGCCUUGCAUCAGCCCCGGUCUAUGGGAGCCCGCUGUGUCAUGAGAAAUUGCCAGAAGCUGUUCAGCAGCGUGCCACAACCAACAUGGAUAGUGUAUGUGUUCUGCCACAAAUAAAGCAACAGUUAAGGAAUGAAGUUUGUUACCAUGGCAAAUUAAACAGGAAAGCUGCAGAGACCCUCUUGGUCAACGAUGGGGAUUUUUUGGUGCGAGAGAGUGCAACGUCACCUGGUCAAUAUGUAUUGAGUGGAUUGCAAGGAGGGCAAGCAAAGCAUUUACUGUUGGUGGAUCCUGAAGGCAAGGUCAGAACCAAAGACCAUGUGUUUGAUAGUGUGGGUCAUCUUAUUCGCUACCACAUGGAAAAUAAUCUGCCAAUCAUCUCUUCUGGAAGUGAAGUGAGCUUGAAACAGCCAGUGAGAAAACAGAGUAACACAGGACACAUGCAAUACAACAAAUAACACUGUUGGAUCUCAAAAUUCCCAAGGCAAUUAAUUUGUGAAAACUGCAUUGACUAUUCUUAAACUUCAUUACUACAAAGCCAACUCAAAAAGAAUAAACUGCACUUUUCAGCUGCUGUUACGGAAGACUUCUUUUCAUGUCUAUGUAUGAAUAUAUGUAUAUCUAUGUAGAUCUAUAGAGCUCAAUAUGCAUAGCUAUAUAGAUAUAGAUAUAGUGUUAAUCUUAGCAAAAUGAAACCCCUGGAGAGUGAGAGAUCCAUUUGGGAAAAAAAGACAUGCACAGAUAUUACUUUCAAGGUCAUACUGAAUCAGUAACUAUUUAAAAGCACAAUUAAACUUAUACAUGGAAAAGCUCACUUGAACAAACUGCUGGGACAUUAGUAUGUGCCUUUUAGUCAUGGAAUUAUUGGAAACAAAUAUUAUUUAUAUUGGAUUAGUUUUUCAAGUGGAUACAUGAACAUGUGUAGGUUUAGAACUACUUGCCAAAACAAAUUAUUUGAAUAUUACUAACAUGUCACUUGCUUACAGUAGACACUAACUUUAUUUCAUUUUGCUUAUAACAGCACUUUAAUAGCAAAUACUGUUUAAAAUGAAUGGCAUACACAAUACAGAAAGGUUGCCUGUUUUCUUAGUAACAAUCAGUUUUUUAAUCACUGUCUGACUGCUCAAAGAUUUGAGAUUAUGCAACAUUUACUAAAUGGAAAUAAAGAUAUGUAAAUGAAGUGUAAUUUUGAAAUAGAAUGUAUCAAAGAGCAAGCAUGCUAGAUUCUAAUAUUUUUGUGUCUUGCAUAUAAUUUUACUAUUAUUGCCAACAAUUACUGGAAAUGUCUCUCUUAAAAACUAGGUUAAAUAUAUUUUUCAUUGAUUCCAUUGAUAUUGACAAAUUAGAGAAACUGAAUGAGACAAAUGAUGCAUUUUGAGGGGGAAAUAUUUAAAAAAAAUUGAAUUUUGCAUGUUCUAGAGAUUAUUGUACAAACUUUUUCUCCAAAUGAUGUGAUAUCUGCCCCUUGCUUAGAUUCCAUUUGAUCAUAAAUAUUGGAAAUGUCUUUUUAAGAAAAUAUAUACUGUUUUGUCACAAUAAAUGCUGUAAAUCUGAA